AAAAAAAAAAAAAAAAAAGAGCCCCGGGCUGCAGUUUUCCCCAUCCUGACACCGUCUGUACUGCAAUUCAUACCAAGCAAGAAGCGUUGGGGUUUAUUGGGAAUUUAAUCCACCGUGUCCCUGCGUUACAAACCCAAAACGCGUGGGACUUGAAUACGACCACGUACUGACGUUUUAACCCCCUUUUGAACACGGCUCGGACGCAAAGCCUCGGACUCUCCCUGAGCUUUUUUUUGUGUGUUGUUGUUGUUGUCGUUGGAUUUUUAAAAAUUUUUAUUUUUAUUUUUUUACAUGUUUCUGCCUUAAACGCCUCACAUCGGAUCGUACUGGGAUUUAAGGUGGGGUUUUAUCCCGACGCAGGUAACUGGGAGAUACCUCGCUGUGUCUUGCUGAUGACACUUCAGCGGCUGAUUGUCGCACGUUGGAUUUUCCAGCACGAACCUAAUGAGAAGGGUUUUUUUUUUUUUUUUUUUUUUUUUUCACGCGUGCAUUUGGAAUAAAUGAACUCCCGUAAAACCAGCUGAGAUCCACCCGUGAAUCUAUCCAGCGAGUGUGUGCGUGUGUUUGUGUGUGGACGGUGUAUCAUGUGCAGGAGGAUCAACCUUUCGGCAUCUGCGUUAUUAGUCCCACUUUUGACUGCUUUGAAGUGAGCCCUGUGAGGAGGAUCCAGAACGACACAAUAUUCUGGCGGUGUUUUCCCGUGACGCCAGUGGGAGUCACUUGCCUCAGCUCUGACUCUCUCACUGCCAGGUGAUCGGGAUGCAGAUGUGAAACCUGCGAUGGAGACCAGGGCUUGAUAUCUGGACCUGGAAACUGAUCGACAAUGGAGCGGCUGGUUGUGUGCGUGCUGCUGUGUGCAGCUUUGGUGAAAGGUUACAGCUGCCCCGGCCGUUGCAUCUGCCAGCACCUCUCCCCAACUCUGACUCUGCUCUGUGCUAAGACCGGUCUGUUGUUUGUGCCCCCCACCAUCGACCGCAAGACCGUCGAGCUGCGUCUCACCGACAACUUCAUCACCAUCAUCCGCAGGAAAGACUUUUUCAACAUGACUAGUUUGGUCCACCUCACCUUGUCACGUAACACCAUCAGCCAGAUCACCCCCCACGCUUUUGUUGGCCUGCGAUCCCUGCGGGCGCUCCACAUGGAUGGAAACCGCCUCAGCGUGAUAAAGCCAGACCACUUUAAAGGCCUCAUCAACCUGAGACACCUCAUCCUCGGAAACAACCAGAUCCACCAGGUGGACUCUACCUCCUUUGAUGAGUUUGUUUCCACCAUAGAGGACUUGGAUCUGUCCAAUAACAACCUGCGCGGCCUUCCCUGGGAAGCGAUAGCCAGAAUGACCAACAUUAACACUCUCACGCUGGACCACAAUCUGAUUGACCACAUCGGAGCAGGGACUUUCACGCUGCUCACCAAGCUGGUCCGCCUGGACAUGACAUCCAACAGACUGCAGAAGCUGCCGCCAGACAGUCUGUUCCAGCAUGCACAGGUCCUGUCUGAUGCCAAGGGCUCCAGCUCCUCUACUUUAGCUGUGAGCUUUGGCGGAAACCCUCUUCACUGUAACUGUGAGCUGUUGUGGCUCCGCAGGCUGACAAGGGAGGAUGAUUUGGAGACCUGUGCCUCGCCAGAGCACCUCAUGGACAAGUAUUUCUGGUCCAUCCAAGAAGAGGAGUUUAUCUGUGAGCCUCCUCUGAUCACCAAACAUCUUUCCACAAAACCCUUUGUGAUGGAGGGUCAGGGUGUGACUCUUAAAUGCAAAGCUGUGGGUGAUCCAGACCCAGAUAUUCAUUGGCGGUCACCAGACGGCAAGCUGGUGCAUAAUAACUCCCGCACCAUCUUGUAUGAUAAUGGCACCCUUGAUAUUCUCAUCACCACACUGAAGGACAGCGGGGCAUUUAAUUGUGUGGCAUCCAAUGCCGCAGGCAUCGCCACAGCUGCUGUUGAGAUCAACAUGAUCCCCUUACCCUUGUUUGUUAACAACACAGGCCACAUGCGCGAGGACCCCGGGCUCUCAGACAUCACCACCUCCACCAAAUCUGGCAAUGACACGAAGGGCUACGACAAGCAGGACAGGAGGGUGAUGGUCACCGAGCUGACCUCCUCCUCCGCAGUGAUCCGUUGGCCAUCUGAGCGCCACAUUCCCGGCAUAAGGAUGUACCAGAUACAGUACAACAGCACGGCGGAUGAUACUUUGGUGUACAGAAUGAUCCCAUCCACCAGCAAGAACUUCUUAAUCAAUGAUCUGGCCGCAGGGCGGGAGUAUGACCUUUGCGUGCUGGCGGUUUAUGACGACGGCAUCACAUCGUUAACGGCCACACGUGUGGUUGGCUGUGUGCAGUUCAACACGGCCAGUGAGGUCAGCCAGUGCCGAUUCAUGCACAGCCAGUUCCUGGGAGGCACUAUGAUCAUCAUUAUUGGUGGUAUAAUUGUUGCUUCAGUGCUGGUUUUCAUUAUCAUCCUGAUGAUUCGUUACAAGGCCUACAGCAGCCCAGAGGACAGCAAGACUAAGGUCAGCUCCAGCAUGCACUCCCAGACCAAUGGUAGCCAACAGCGGCUCCAGCGCUCCACCUCCAAGCAGCCCUCUGAUGAGGGCCAGCGUGAAGCCCAGGCACCCAAAGAGUGCAUGGCACUGGUGCUUAGGGUGGACAAUGAGAAGAGGGAGGAUCCAGCUUCCACCACUGCCAUCCUGGAAGUAGAGCUGCCUCCCCUGACUGUAGACAAGAUGAAGCGAAGAACCAGCCUAGAUGCGCAGCGCUCUGGCCCCCCAUCCGAGGACACGCAGACGGACAGUAGCCUGACAGGCUCAACCAUGUCCCUGUGUCUCAUAGGCCCCAACGCUGGAACCAAGGAAGCUCCUAGGCUCAAGGACAAGAAAAGUGCUCUGGCCAACAUGGGAUUGCUCCCUAAUGAGCUGGCACGAACUAGGCACAGAUUCUCUUUUGACGGAGGGGAUUACUCCAUUUUUCAGAGUCAUAGUUACCCGCGUAGAGCGAGGACGAGGUGGCACAAGUCCACCAACCAGCUCAACAUGGAAUCGUCAUCGCCACUCGCCAACAGGAGAGUUACGUUCAGCAGCACUGAGUGGAUGCUUGAGAGCACAGUCUGAGGGAAAAGCAGUGUAGCCGGGGGGAGAAAAAAUAAUAUAUAUACGGCUCAGCCACACACAAACGUACACAUGUAAAAACACAAAUACGUCUACAUGCCAUAUGACACACACCUCUCUCUUGCACACAGCAAACGAUGAACACACACACACACAUUUACUUACACAUGCAAACUUUCUGUGAGUUGCUGGAGAAGAACGCAGUCUCCCUUCAUCCUGCCUCCCCAUCAUACUCCCAGAGAGGUUUGUUGGCCAUGUCCUUUCUUUAUGCAGCAGUGCCUUAUUCUAAAAAAAAUGUACGAAUGGAGGAUGCUGCUCACUGUAGUCAUAAACCUUCCUCUCUAUCAUUGCCUCCCGUCCUGAUAAUGGGAAGCAUUGCGUUGGAUUUUUAAUUUUUCUCAUUUUUCUGUGACAUGCCAAGGGAGUAUGGUGUUUGGAUGUGACUGUUUAAUUGUUUUAAAAAAAAAGAAGAAAAUGAGAAAAAAAAAACAACAACAACAAAAAAAAAAACUUCAUCAUAACUGUAAAGUGAAACAGCCAGGUAUCCUGUUAUGUCAAUCA